AUGGCUAAUUCCUCCCAUGUGACAGAAUUCCUGCUUCUGGGGUUCUCCAGCCUCGGGGAAGUGCAGCUCGUCCUCUUUGUGAUCUUUCUCUGCCUCUAUCUGAUCAUCCUAAGUGGAAAUGUCACCAUCAUCUCUGUCAUCCGCUUGGACCGAAGCCUCCACACACCCAUGUACUUCUUUCUAAGUGUCCUCUCUACCUCUGAGAUCUUCUACACCAUUGUCAUCCUGCCCAAGAUGCUCAUCAAUUUGCUCUCUGUGCUCAGGACACUUUCCUUUGCCAGCUGCGCCAUCCAGAUGUUCUUCUUCCUUGGCUUUGCUGUAACCAACUGUCUCCUGCUGGGAGUGAUGGGCUAUGACCGCUACGCAGCCAUCUGCCAUCCACUACGAUACCCCAUCCUCAUGAGCUGGAGGAUUUGUGGGCAGCUUGCUGCAACGUGCAUUCUCAGUGGCUUCCUAAUCUCUCUUGUGGGAACCACACUAGUCUUCACCCUGCCUUUCUGUGGUCCCAACAAGGUCAACCACUACUUCUGUGACAUCUCCCCAGUCAUUCGUCUUGCCUGUGCAGAAACCUACAUCAAUGAGAUGGUAAUCUUCAUCUGUGGGGUCUUUGUGUUAGUAGUGCCCCUGACUUUCAUCUGCAUCUCUUAUGGCUUCAUUGUCCGCACCAUUCUGCGGAUCCCCUCAGCAGAAGGCAAGAGAAAAGCCUUCUCCACCUGUGCCUCUCACCUCAUUGUGGUCAUUGUCCACUAUGGCUGUGCUUCUUCUGUCUAUCUGAGACCCUCAGCCAAGCACUCUUCUGGCAAAGACAGGCUGGUGACGGUGACCUACACUGUGGUCACCCCACUUCUGAACCCCAUGGUGUACAGCCUCAGGAACAAGGACGUGCAGAUGGCCAUUCGCAAAGUGAUUGGAAAGGCUGGGGUUUCACUGAAGACUUUCUAA